AUAACACAACUCAUACAUGAUUAAAAUGUGUUCUUUGAUUUCUUAGAACGUUUAUUUCAAACCUUCUUUCAUAAAAAAUUCUAACUCCGCCGCGGCGAUCGUAAGCAAGUUAAAAUCCCCCAAACAAAACAACUAGUGCAAACAUGAUCUUCAGUCUCAGCUGUACUAGGUAUUUUUCACAAUCAACAUUACCCCACCACAUGUAUAUAAACCUUUCUCUUCCAAUAAUCAAACUCCAUUAAACCUCACCAGAUCCACAAAUCCCGGCACUCCACAAUAAUCUCUCUCCAUUUUCAUCAAACAAAAACUAAUUUUUCUGCAAUUUCAUCAAACACCCAGAAAAAAAAAAUCAUUUUUUUCUCCAUUUUCAUCAAAUACCCAGUAAAAAGAUUUAAGCUUUUUUCAAUUUCAUCAAACACCCAAAAAAAAAAAAAAAAAAAAUUAAUCUUUUUCCAUUUUUAUCAAACACCCAGAAAAAAGAUUGAAACUUUCUCCAUUUUCAUCAAAUACCCAGAAAAAAGAUUUACACUUUCUGCAAUUUCAUCAAAAACCCAGAAAAAAAUUUGAUCUUUUUCAAUGGGGGAUGAAAGUAAAGGCGAAAGCCAAAGCCAAAGCCAAUCUUUACUGAACAAGAAGAGUAUAUUAUAUGCACGUAGUACAUCACAUGCUUACGAUGAAUUGCAUGUUUUUAGGAGAUGGUUGAAGUGGAUGUGUGUGGAUCAAUCUGAUACAUUAUCUACUGUUCUGUCUUGGUUUGUUUUUAUAAUAUUUGCAAUUGUUGUUCCAUGUUUGUCCCAUUUUCUAUUGGCUUGUGCAGAUUGUGAUGCUAAUCAUGAUAGACCUUAUGACAAUGUUGUUCAGUUGUCUCUUAGUGGUGUUGCUGCUCUGUCUUUUAUUUGUCUUACUAGGUUUAUGAAGAAAUUUGGGCUUCGUAGGUUCUUGUUUCUUGAUAAGCUUUGUGAUGAAAGUGAGACUGUUAGAAAAUGCUAUAUGGAAGAGCUCAAUAGAUCGUUGAAGAUCCUAUUCAUAUUUGUCCUGCCAUGUUUCGCUGCUGAAAGCAUAUAUAAAAUUUGGUGGUACAGUUCAGGUGGAACUCAAAUCCCCUUUUUAGGCAAUGUCAUUGUGAGUGACAUUGUCGCGUGCCUUCUGGAGCUGAGCUCAUGGCUUUACAGGACGACUGUGUUCUUCCUAGUGUGUGUCCUUUUUCGCUUGAUUUGUUACCUUCAGAUUCUCCGAUUGAGAGAUUUUUCUCAGAUAUUCCACAUUGAUUCUGAUGUUGAGACGGUGUUGAGAGAGCACCUUAGAAUCAGGAGGCACUUGCGGAUCAUUAGCCAUAGGUACCGUAGAUUUAUCUUGUUGGGAUUGGUAUUUGUCACAGCAAGUCAAUUUGCGUCCCUUCUCAUGACUACACGAUCAACUGCUGAUCUUCAUAUCUACAAGAGUGGUGAACUCGCGCUAUGCUCUCUGAGCCUUCUUGCCGGGCUGUUGAUACUGUUGAGAGGUGCAGUCAGAAUUACCCAUAAGGCACAAGCUGUUACAUGCUUGGCGGCUAAGUGGCACGUGUGUGCAACAGUUGACUCUUUUGAAGCAGUUGAGGGUGAAACUCCUCCAAUAUCUCAAAUAGCCAGCAACCAAGUUUUCCCUGUCACUUCCGAAGGGUCAUCUGAUGCUGAUGAUGUUGGAGAUGAGGAAGAUGAGUUCGACAACACAAAAUUUGUCCACUCAUAUGCAUAUAGCACAAUUUCAUUCCAGAAAAGGCAGGCACUAGUGACAUAUUUUGAGCAUAACAGAGCAGGAAUUACUCUAUAUGGCUUUAUGCUGGAUAGAUCCUAUCUUCACACUAUUUUUGGUAUGGAACUAGCACUGGUCCUCUGGUUGCUUGGAAAAACUGUUGCUUCCAUUGCUUGAAUCAUUGGGUAUUGAUUUGUUACGUUCCUCGGACUCUCCAAAAAUGAUGCCGCACUCGUGUCAGAUCCUUCAAAAACAUACUACUUUAGAGGAUUCGACACGCAUCCUACGACAUUUUCGAAGUGUUUGAUCAACUUUUGGUUGAAUUGAGAAGGUUUCUGUUAUUGCUUGUGCUAUUGUUUAGAGUGUAACAUAUUACAUAUUCAAUCAGAAAUUAAGAUGCUUGUGUGGAAUAUGUGGGUGAAUAUGUAUAGAGCUAUUUUAUUUAUUCAAUUUUGUAUUAUAUUAUACUGGAUCUAUAAGAGGUAAAAUGAUGUUAUUUACUUGUUA